CACAUCGUGACAGUUUUAUUUCUCGUGGUCUACAUGAGCGGCGGAUCGGAGUAAGUGAGCAGCGAUUCCUUUCCUAGAAUUUUCUGAAUUAACUAACCCAGAAUGUCGGAAGAGAAAAAGGAUGUCAAACCUGAAGGUGACCACAUUACGUUAAAAGUAUCAGGACAGGAUGGAACAGUUGUACAGUUUAAGAUUAAAAGACAUACACCAUUGAAGAAAUUAAUGAAUGCAUAUUGUGACAGGCAGGGGCUUGAAAGGACAGCGUUUCGAUUUCGAUUUGAUGGUCAACCCAUAAAUGAAGAAGAUACUCCUUCAAAGCUUGAGAUGGAGGAUGAAGAUGUAAUUGAUGUCUUUCAACAGCAGAUAGGAGGAUGUCUAUCAUAAUGUGAUGUUACAUUGUUAUGCGAAUUAACCACAACUGAAGCAAUUUCCUGGGAAGAACGCCAUAAUAGUCAGACUUCUGCAACGAAUUUUUAUGUUUACUGAAACCACUGAACUGAUUUUUAUUGUUUGAUUUGUUGUAUCUAUUUUAUGUCUUAGUUAAUUCAUAUUUAAUGUGUUCUUGUUUUCACAGUACUUAUUUCUCUUAAAGUUCUAUACAGUAAAUGUUACACUUGAAUGUUUUUUCUUUAUUAAUGGUUUACUACAAAUUCAGGACUGUCAUCUGAUACCAACAACUUGCUCGCCAAUUAACUCUAUGCACCUUUGAUAUUUUGCCAAUAGCUUCUAUCCUGUGUCUAGUGCUACGAACUUAUUCAUUCAUAAUUGUGUUGAUUUUUUUUUUACCCGAAUACAUUGCACAAUUUAUGAUUUUUCCCACACUUCAGGAACUAUAUUGUCAAAUGACAGGUUAUUAGAAUUAAAUAAAAAGUGUAAUUUAUUGUUGCUAUUGAUGACGUGUAUAGAGUUGCACUUCAGUUUGAUAAACUAUCAUGUAUUCAUUUUUUUUUUUUUUAAAUCUUAGUACUAUAGUUUUCUUUAGUCAUUGUCUUGCUUUUUGUAGUUUGAUUGACAGUGUGUUACACAGAAUAAAUGUU